UCAGAGAGACACACACCCGUGCCCCUGCUGCUGCCGUUGCCCCUCAGAGGCAAGGAGUGUGAGGAGCUGGUGCUCUUCCUCCCUCUUCAUGAGCGCAUGCAGCUCGUUGCCGUCGAUGCGACGCUGGUCGGUGGGCAGCUUCUUUAGUGCCCGCAUCUCGCCUCUCGUCCCCUCCGAUGCGGUGCCCGUGUUGGUGCCGCAGAGGCGCCGCUCCGCUUGAAACACCUGCAAACAAAAGAAAGAUACCACACUCAGAGGUGGCCAAGCGCUGUAAUCUUUGUGCUGUAGUAGCAGCAGCUGUACCACUGAGCCGCUGACUGCUCAGUUCAGGUUGAAGAAGAUGGUGGGCUCUUCGUCGUCUCCAGUUGUCGUGAGGGCUGUCCGGGACAGGCCUGGUGGUCAGCAUCAGUACGGCAUCAUAGUACGCCAUUACUUGUUGCAUCGUCGCCUCUGAAUGGACGUCUUCUCCCGCGCCGGGCGCCAGCUGACGCCGUCCGUUGCUCGAAGAAAACAGACGGCG